UCCAUCUUCGGCGGACAACAUUCACAUGCCUCGCACCGUCGGCGUGUUUCUUCCUCGUGAGUCGGCACGGCGCAACCGGAGGAAGUGGGAGUUUGUCUGAAUUCUGUGCUCUUCUUCUUCUUCAGUUCCUUCUCUUCUUCUUUAUUGUUUUUUUUUUCUUUCUAUCGGGGGGGGCGGGGGGGUUGUCGUUGCUUGUUUCAGUUAAAGUUCCACUUCCUUCCCUUCGUUCACACACACACACACACACACACACACAUCCAAUCCAGUCAAUGAAACCAGAACCCAACACGGCUCCCGUUCCUCAUUGCUUCAUCCAUCUUCUCAGCCGUUCGACGAGGAUGAAGUCGAAGGCAGUGGAAGCGGGUCUCUGGUCGAUUUGGCUAUCUGGGUUGGUGCUCGUUGGCCUCUCCCUUUACGCCACCCACAAGUUGCCGCCGGCGAAGGAUCGGAUCAAGAACCCAUUGCUCAGCCGCAAGGUGGUCUCCGACGAGAUCGGGCCGAGCAUUGCCAUAUUCGCCGCGCCCGGACCCUUCGCUGGCUCGGUCGGAGCUGCGCAGAGCGUCGCGAUCCGUUCGUGGCUCGGGCUGCCCUCGCGAAUCACGGUGGUGCUAUUCAGCCGACACGAGUCCGUCGUCUCUUUCGCUGCUGAACUCGGGCCGCGUGUAUUGGUCGAGCCCAAUAUCGAUUUUACGUUCCUGGGUACCCCAUUCUUUCAUUCCAUGGUGGCAAGGUCGCAGGAAUUCGCGUCUGACAUAUGUGUGUUUGUCCAUCCCGAAACCAUCCUACUUGCCAACUUUGUUUCGGCACUGAAAUUUGUCCAUGAACUCGAUCACGACUGGUUCCUUUUUGCUUCUCCGCGUAACCUCUCUUAUUUCCCAUUUUACUUGGACAAAGAUGGGAAACAUUGGCUGAGGGAGGAUGGCAAUCGGGUGAAAAUGAAGGAGUUGCAGGAGAUUAUCACUCAGAAUUCGCAACCUAAUUACAAUGAGGGAAGAUUGAUCACGGCAUGGAACAGAAGGGAUUUGCCCUUGCAUACUGGAAUACUUCCCCCUUUCUUAUAUGGGAAGGGAAUACACAACCAUUGGGUCAUUAAUGAGGUUGCAUCAUCUGAACUGAGGUUUGUGCUUGAUGCUAGUUGGAGUAUUUCAAGUUUCUAUAUGACUGAUCCUGCACCUCGGUCUAAUAAGUGUGUGGGGUGUUCUGGUAAUCCAAACAUUGAGGAAAGAAGUUGGGAAUAUGCUGGCAAUUCUCUUCUAGGGGCACUCUAUGGAUCAUCACUUUUCCAUGAAGCUAAGCAUUCCAGUCUGGUGAAACUACUGAGAUGCAACGGCACAUAUAUAUUUGCUGACACAUCUGACAACAUUCUCCACAUAUUUGGGAACGUAAAAGCAUUUGGCUUGUUUGAAAGGAGGAUUGUGCAUUUUUGGAGAAAGAAGAAGCUAGCCGCCUGUGCUAAGGAUGUUAAUUCAUCACAUGGUGCAUUCAAAUGGUCCCUAAAAAAUCAGUUGAAGCCAUCAGUGAGAUUGGAUUAUCCAUUCACGCUGGAGUCACUCCUCUCGAUCAUUGCAGACAAGAAUAGGACAAUUGUGCUCGGUGUUGCUGGAUUUAGUUAUAAGGACAUGUUGAUGAGUUGGGCUUGCAGACUGCGGGGUCUCAAGAUGACAAAUUUCAUUGUCUAUGCUCUUGACGAUGAAACUUAUGAAUUUUCUGUCUUACAAGGGCUUCCAGUUUUCAGGGAUUCAUCAGCUCCAAAUGAUACUAGCUUUGAUGACUGCCACUUCGGUACAAAAUGCUUCCAAAGGGUGACCAAAGUGAAGUCCAGAAUAGUUUUGGAGAUACUCAAGCUAGGAUAUAGUGUACUUCUUAGCGAUGUUGAUGUUUAUUGGUUCAAGGAUCCUUUACCACUGGUCUCCUCAUAUGGUCCGGCUGUUCUCGUCGCACAGUCUGAUGAAUUUAAUACAACAGGACCUAUUAAUAUGCCCAGGCGCUUGAACUCUGGCUUUUAUUUUGCUCAUUCUGAUGUUUCAACAAUCGCUGCUUUGGAGAAGGUGGUAAAGCAUGCUGCUAAGUCAGGCCUAUCGGAGCAGCCGAGUUUCUACGACACAUUAUGUGGGCUAGGGGGAUCCAAUCGCUUGGGCAAUAAUGCAUGCUUCGAACCCGAGACAAAUUUGACAGUUCAUUUUCUGGACAGAAAUUUAUUUCCAAAUGGUGCAUAUGGAGGACUUUGGGAAGAAAGAAACGUCAGAGAGACCUGUUUGAAGAAGGGUUGUUUUAUCCUUCACAACAAUUGGAUUAGUGGAAGAAGGAAGAAGCUGGAACGUCAGGUGUUAUCUGGACUUUGGGAGUAUGAUAUCAGCACAAGGAGGUGUCUGCUGAACUGGCAUGAAAAUCAAUUAGCAAGUGAACGGUAAGACCCUGU